GCUUCGAGCAUCUGUCAGUCGCAUAGCAUACUUGAAUGUACUCUUUUCCGCUGGAGUUUUAUUUAACACGCUUGCGUCCAAAAAACAAGUUCGCCAACAUUCCAAAAACGAGAAAGGAUCUCGUACUUAAAACGUACUCGCUGUACGUUUAUCUACGUGUAGACAGUAAAAGAAUAUUCAAGAUUUCGUCGAGUUCGUUUCAUUAAGUAUUUGUGCUUAAAGUAUAUGUUCGUUUAACAAAUUCGUCGGUUCAAAAAGACAGUGGUAUGAUUAGUAUAAAGUAGAAAGGGUUGUGUCAUUACUUUAUAUAUAGUUUUAUAGUUCAUGAUAAAUGAGGGAGCGUUUAGUAUUUGGCAAACGGUGACCGUGAAUAGGGAUUGACUAAUGUUUCUAAUUUUCUUUUAUCGUGUGAAACAGAUAUCUGGUCAUUUUCAAUUGGUACCGUUCGAUGGAAUUUUUUAGAAACUAUUAAAUCCCGGAAUUAUGUCUAUGUGUACGAUCGGAUAGAUUGAUUCAGAAAUAAGAUUUUAUUUUAUUAAAAAAAUAUAUAAUUACUGUAGCAGAUCAAUAACUUAACUUUCAAUCGAGGUCAAAGAAGAUUUGUCACUGAAAUAUGCUUUUAAAAGCAUGAAGGAGAUAGAAUAAUAACCACUAGCUAAGCACAAUAACGAUUCUUCUUGUUAAAGAACGAUUUAUACACGUUCACUAUGAAUUCUGUAGCCACAUUUACUUCGUUACUUGUUAUGUUAAUUAGUGUGAAAUAUGGAUUACCGAUAUCGCCAUAUCCGAAGUUGUUAGUAAUAUCAUAUGAUGCAUUCAGAUAUGACUAUUUUGACAAAACACCAUUUAUGAAUGAACUGAAACAUAGAGGCACAUAUGCGGAUUACAUGAUGAAUAUUUUUGUGACAAAAACAUUUCCUAACCAUCAUACAAUGGCCACAGGAUUGUAUGCAGAAACACAUGGAGUUGUAGAUAAUGAAUUUUAUGAACCUGCUUCAGGAAAUACAACAAAAUAUUCAUAUGAUUUGUAUCAUUAUGAUAAUAGAAUUCUUCCUAUUUGGACUGUUAACCAAAAUGCUGCUAGACAAAGAAGAAGUGGCACAAUGAUGUGGCCUGGUGGCAUUUAUGAAUAUCAAGGAAUCGCCCCUACAUUUGCUCAGAAUUUUAAUGAGACUGUACCUUGGGAAGAAAGAAUUGAUACCUUGAUAUCAUGGUUUGUACAUCCUAUAUAUCCAAUAAAUUUUGGAUUAUUAUACAUUGAAGAGCCAGAUUAUCAUGGCCAUGCGAUUGGAAUAAAAGGACCUCAAUUUGAUGAUAUUCUUAGGAAGUUAGAUAAUAUAACUAGGUAUCUUUACAGUAAGAUAAAAUACCAUGGUUUACAUGAUCUUAAUGUUGUUCAUCUGAGCGAUCAUGGAAUGGCGUCUGUUAAGUUAGACAGGAUAAUAGAUCUAACAAAGUAUAUUAACAGCUCUGAUUACAAAUUUGUUGGUACCUCACCAGGAUUACACAUUUUUCCUAAUCCUGGUAAAGAAGAAAUGAUUUAUCAAACAUUGAAGCAAGCAGCAUUGAAAUUGAAGACGUUUAGAGUUUUCAAAAGGGACGAAAUUCCUAAGAAAUAUCACUAUGGAAAUAAUACUCGCGUUGGUCCUAUCUUUGUCAUUGCUGAAAUUGGAUAUGCAUUUCAAAAUCUCCUUGAUAACAUAGAAUAUUAUAAGAAAAAGUUCAAUAUUACAGUAACCAGUGAUUCAGAAUUUGGUCUUCAUGGCUAUGAUAAUGAGGCUAUAGGAAUGCAUCCUUUCUUCUUCGCAAAUGGUCCUGCAUUUAUGCCUCAGUGCAAACUCAAACCUUUUAAUAAUCUAGAUUUAUUUCCGCUAUUUUGUGAAAUACUCGAUCUACAAUGUCCCAUAGGGAAUGGUACUAUAUCACAUCUAACCAAGUGUCUUAAGAAACAUCAACAGUUUAUCAUAGGAAAUGUGGGGCUGCAAUUGAUAAUUCCUUUCACUUCAUUCUGUGUGGUAGUUGGAGGAAUAUGCAUAAUACUGUAUAGGAUGAGACAGCAAAUAAAAAAAGAAUUUGGCAAGAGAUAUAUUGCGAUGCAUGUAAAAAUAUCAAGCAAUGUAUGAAUUUUCAUAUUGCAUAAAGAUAACAAAAUGAAUUCAAAAAAAUGACGACACCGUAAUAAGAAAUAGCAUCGUGACGAAGAAUACAUAAACAUAAUUUCACUUUUUAUAAAUAAAGUUAUAUUGUUUCAAACUUUUAAAUAUAGCAAAACGUUUAAUUAGAAUUUCAAUCUUUUUAAACAAUUAUGAUUUUAGAAUUAAUUUUAACACUUAACACAACCGAAUAGGGAGAUCUCUUCCCUCUGUGAAGUACAUUGCUGCGUGAUCGAACGGGGAGAUCUCCCUUUUUGACUUCAGCAAUGCGUUUUCUUUUCCUCUCCUUUUUUUUUUUUUUUUUUUUUUGUUAUUAUCAGUUAUUGUUUAUCUUGAAUUCUUCCCAAUUAAUUGGGUCACUUUUUCUGCUUUUAUAAGGUAUAAUAUAUCAUAAAAUACACCAGUUUAGUGGUAUUAAACUCAAUUGAAAAAUUACACUAUCAGUUAUGACUAAAUAAAAUUAUAAUCAAACGAUCACACUAAAAAAAAUUUUAAAAUGCAUUAUGAAUUUUUAAUUUUACGUUCAAGUCGUUUUAUUUAUCUUUAGUCAUUUUUAAUGCUUUUAAUUUUACCUAUAUUUUUUUGUACUUUUAAUAUAUACUUUUAAUUUGAUGUCUUGUAUAAACAAUAUGUGAAAUCGUUAAACAAAAUCAUUACCACAUGAUGUAAUUGAUCGCUUAAAUAAUUUUUAGAUUUCUUUGUUUUUUAAGUAAUAAAUAUUAGUUCGUGAUACUUGGAAAAAUGCGUGGUAGACAGUGACUUAUAUAUAGGUGACCUAUGCAUUGCAAUGAGAAACGUAUAGCUCGCUGUGGUGCGCGAGGUUGACUAAGUGUUAAUUGUAUCAUACAUAUGUUUAAAUCCGUGCAAGGACAUAUGUAAUGUUGAACUAGUUAGUAUUAGGAAAUUAUUAAAUAUGAAUAGUACGUGAAAAGUUGUAAUGUAAUAACUAUCAAAGCAUAAUAAGAAUGAAUUCUCUAGUAAAAAACGAAA